AUGAAGUUCUCAAAAUUGUCUCUCUCUUAUGCUGCUCUUCAGCUUCUCAGUGUAACUGCUUCUCCAGUCGAUAUCGUGUCAACCAACUUGGCAAAACGAGGUAUGUACUUUCACAUAUUUUAUCUCUUCGCACCUUUCCGAGCCUGGUCACUAAUUUGGAAAUAGCGACACCCACGACAGUAAACGAUGAAGUCCUCGCCAGAUUCAGACACUAUGUUCAAUUUUCAGCGGCAGCUUAUUGCAACGCUGAAGAGCAGCUCUUUGGCAGCAAAGUCACAUGCGCCAAGAAUGGAUGCCCAACUGUUGAACAGGCAAACGUGAUCAACAAUGGAUACCUAGGGUUUGUUUCCCCAGAUUCAACUGUACCAAAAGUCAAAAUCUUUAUCUGAUCAUCAAAUAUAGCAUUGAGCUUGGAAGUCAAUCAAUGAUUAAUGGAUUUGUGGGUCUCGAUCACACCAACAAACAAAUUGUUGUUUCGUACCAUGGAACAAAAUCUCCCUUCAACUUCAUCACUGAGUAAGUAAUCAAAUUCCUUCUCCUAAUACAAUACGUGUUGAGCAUAAAGCUUUAUAUCCAAUUAAGGUCCACUAACAUGUAAUUCUUCCUACAGUCUAAUCAUCCCUCUCGAGCCUUGCAACGAUCUUGUGGAUGGCUGCAAGCUCCACAGUGGUUUCCAAAAUGCCUGGGGAGACGUAAGACAAGAUACCUUCAGCAACGUUCAAGCGGCUCUAAGAGUUCACCCGCAAUACAAAGUCAUCACAACCGGCCACAGUCUUGGUGGAGCAAUUGCAACAAUUGCCGGCGCCUACCUCCGACAGGCUGGUUACGCAGUUGACAUCUACACUUACGGUUCUCCUCGACCUGGAAACGGUAAAUUCGCAGAUUACAUCAACGCCGGAAAUGGAGCACACUACAGAGUCACUCACACCAAUGAUCCUAUUGCAGACCUCCCCGCCAAAUGGACUGGAUACCGCCACAGUGGUGUUGAGUUCUGGCUCUCUACUGGAGGAGCUGAGACGGUUGAUUAUAAUGUUGGAGAUGUCAAGGUCUGCGAGGGUACUUCUAAUGAGAACUGUAACGAUGGAGAAUCCCUUACUCUCUCUCUUGACCCUCACAGAUAUUACUUCCAGAGAGUCAGUGUUUGCAAAUCUACUACCUCGCCAAUUACAUGGUAG